AUGUCCUCCUCCGACGACGACCGCGCCUCGCUCCCCAGAUCCCACCCCGCGGUCGUCGCCGUCGCCGUCGCGGGCGCCUCGCCCUCGCUGUCCUGCCCCUCGCCGCGCGCGUCCGCCAGCCACCGCCACGCCGACGUCGAGGCGCCGGACGAGCCCCCCGUCGCCGCCUCCCCGAGGCGCGCCGGGGGAGUGCGCGGCUUCCUGCGCCACCUCGACCGCCGCAUCUCCUCCCGCGGAUCUGCGCGCCGCCUCCACCACCAGCCGCAGCAGCUUGAUCGCGCUCCGGAGCAGCCGUCCGCGGCGCCGUCGCAGAGGGAGAGGGCGGGGGAGGAGCUCGCGGACGGGGCGCCACCCGAGUGGGCGCUCCUGCUCAUCGGAUGCCUCCUCGGGCUCGCCACAGGCAUCUGCGUCGCGGCCUUCAACCGCGGGGUUCAUGUCAUCCAUGAUUGGGCAUGGUCAGGUACACCCAAUGAAGGCGCAGCUUGGCUCCGCCUGCAGAGGCUAUCUGAUACUUGGCACAGGAUACUGCUGAUCCCUGUCACAGGGGGUGUAAUCGUAGGAAUGAUGCAUGGAUUGCUCGAGAUUGUUGAGCAGCUAAAACUUGCAAAGCCACCACAGAGCGAAGGAAUCAGUUUAGUUGCAGCCAUCUUUCCAACCGUAAAGGCUGUGCAAGCUGCCGUAACUCUGGGGACUGGUUGUUCAUUGGGGCCUGAAGGUCCUAGUGUGGAUAUUGGUAAAUCAUGUGCACUUGGGUGCUCAGAAAUGAUGGAGAAUAACCGAGAAAGGCGGAUCGCUCUUGUAGCUGCGGGGGCUGCUGCUGGAAUUGCUUCAGGAUUUAAUGCAGCAGUUGCUGGGUGUUUCUUUGCCAUUGAAACUGUAUUGAGGCCCCUGAAAGCAGAAAAUGCACCUCCUUUCACGACUGCUAUGAUAAUAUUGGCAUCAGUUAUAUCAUCUACUGUAUCACAUGUUUUGCUGGGAGAAAGACCGGCUUUUAUAGUGCCAGCAUAUGAGCUAAAAUCUGCUGCUGAGCUACCUCUUUAUCUCAUCUUAGGGAUGCUUUGUGGAGCCGUCAGUGUGGUAUUUGGACGGUUGGUAGUAUGGUUUUCAAGAUUUUUUGCAUACAUGAAAGAAAGGUUUGAUUUUCCUAUUGUAGUGUACCCUGCUUUGGGUGGGCUUGGAGCUGGCCUCAUAGCUCUGAAAUAUCCAGGGAUUUUAUAUUGGGGUUUUACGAAUGUUGAAGAAAUCUUGCAUACCGGGAAAAGUGCUUCUGCUCCUGGUAUCUGGUUGUUAACUCAACUUGCAGCUGCCAAGGUAGUGGCUACUGCCCUUUGCAAGGGGUCUGGUCUUGUGGGUGGGCUAUAUGCUCCAAGCCUGAUGAUCGGUGCUGCUGUUGGAGCUGUUUUUGGAGGGUCAGCUGCAUACUUAAUAAAUGCAGCUAUACCUGGUAGUGCUGCUGUUGCGCAGCCACAAGCUUAUGCUCUAGUUGGGAUGGCUGCUACAUUGGCUUCAGUCUGUUCAGUCCCGUUGACUUCAGUGUUGCUUCUCUUUGAACUGACAAAGGAUUACAGGAUUUUGCUACCCCUCAUGGGAGCAGUUGGACUGGCAAUAUGGGUUCCUUCUGUGGUGAACCAGCCAAAUGACGGUGAAUCUUCUGGGUUUAGAACACCCAUGCGUGGUUAUUCUUUAGUUUCAGCACAAGAUAAAAGAAGUAGUACCUUGACGCGAAGUGAUGGUGUGGAUGAACUUGAGCUCACUGUCUCACAAAGUGAUCUUCGUAACUGUGGUACCUACAAAGAGGAAAUGCUUCUAGAUGAUUUGAAGGUCUCCCAGGCCAUGUCAAAGGGAUACGUUAAAGUUCCACCUUCUGCCACAGUGAUGGAAGCUCUCAACCUGUUGAAUGAUAAGCAGCAAAUGUGUGCCCUUGUUGUGGACCAUGAAGAUUUUCUUGAGGGCCUUAUUACAUUAGGGGAUAUUCGACGUAUGGGUCUUGAAUUACCCGGGGAAACUUGCAUAAGUGGGGACCAGCUCAAGUCUGAUGAAGCCUGUUCGUCGUGUCUCACUCGAGGAUUCGAGUACCAGGGGAGUGAGCGUGGAUUGCUUACAUGCUUUCCAGAUACUGAUUUGACCACUGCAAAAAACCUUAUGGAGGCCAGAGGAAUAAAGCAGCUGCCUGUUGUUAAGCGUGGCGUUGGGCAUAGAACUGAAGGAAAGCGCAAGCUUGUUGCCCUUCUCUAUUAUGACUCAAUUGGUCACUGCUUACGGGAGGAGAUUGAGAAUUGGAAAACGAUAUACCAAAGGAAAGAAGAUUUUCAUGUUUUAGCGAACGGGCACACAUUACAGUGACCUAAGUGAACCUGUACAGCUUGGAGGCUAUCCUCCAUUAUUUGAACACGAAUUGUCAUCUGAGGCGAUCGACGCAGGCGAAGCCUGACAAAUUUUGCAAUUGGUGGUUUAUCAACAACCUUGCAUUCGCUGGAUGUGUUCGAACCAGUCAUUUCUUGUUGUUGCGGGGAAACUUGUUACGUCACAGAAAAAAGGGGUGUAGUAUGCAUGUAGAGUAGGAAGGUGAUACUAGAGUGCACAGUUGCACUGGGUGGGGUGAUCACACGGAGAACUUGCGCAAAAUGUGAAGUGUAAAUUUUUUGGGAAGGCGGUUUUGUAGCAUCACAUGGUUUGUAACAUUAGGUGUAGCGACACUUUUGUCUCUACGAAGGUGGUUUCCGGUUGAUCGAUGUAGUCCUUUGUAAGGCUUUGUUGAAUAAUAU